CAUGGCGGCAUUUGAUGGAAGCUCGCCGUUCGCCAGUCGUAUUUUCUCGGCCCUGUUCUAUGGUGUUGCUUCCUUUUUAAUUAUUGUGUGCAAUAAAGUAGUUUUAACAACAUACAAGUUUCCUUCAUUCCAGUUUUUGGCUCUUGGGCAGAUGAUAACUGGAUGUACGGUACUGCUGAUUGUGAGGCAGGCUGGGAUGGUGCAGUUUCCAGGACCUUCAUUAGAUGUCAUUAAAAAGAUAUGGCCACUCCCUGUUAUCUAUAUUGGUAACUUAGUGUUUGGAUUGGGAGGAACAAAGAAAUUAAAUUUGCCAAUGUUCACCAUUCUAAGAAGAUUUUCCAUCCUCUUCACAAUGAUAGCUGAAUAUUGUGUGUUAGGGGUGAAGGCUCCCAAGAUGGUCCAGUUUACUGUGUUUCUUAUGAUAUUCGGUGCCUUAGUAGCUGCCAGUGAUGAUCUGGCCUUUGACCUUUGGGGAUACAUAUUUAUACUGCUGAAUGACUUUUUCACAGCAGCCAAUGGAGUGUAUACAAAGAAAAAGCUGGAGGCAAAGGAGCUAGGGAAAUACGGCCUAUUGUUCUACAAUGCCUUGUUUAUGGUGGUUCCGGUUGGGCUGAUUGCAUAUAUGAAUGGGGAGUUUGAAAAGGGGAUGGCUUUUGAUGGUUGGAGUGAUAACUGGUUUCUGAUACAGUUUUUCCUGUCCUGUGUAAUGGGAUUUGUGCUGAACUAUGCUGUAGUAUUGUGUACCCUGCAUAAUUCAGCAUUAACCACAACCAUAGUGGGUGUCAUAAAGAACCUGUUUGUGACAUAUAUAGGCAUGUUUCUUGGAGGGGAUUACAUAUUCAGCAUCAUCAAUUUCACAGGAUUGAAUAUAAGUGUCGCUGGGAGUCUGGUCUACUCUUAUAUCACUUUCAAGAAGCCACAGGAAAAAAGUACACUACCUACUGCAGAUAUACAAAAGUCAAAAGCAGAUAUGACAGAAACCAAAAGUACUGCCAAUGGAUAACAAUGGUGUACUUUCUACCUGUUGACCAAUUUAGUUUGCUGCUGUGUAAUAAAUGGAAUGGGAGGGAAAUAUUUUGGUAAUUCAUUCAAUCAAUUGAAGCUACGCAGAAUGUUUUGUUUAUUUAAUUUUUGUUUGACCACAUGGAUUUUAUUAGGUCAUCUGACCCGAAGGGCCAGGGUGACCUAUAGCUAUCUUGCUCUGUCUGUUGCUGUGCGCCAUGCUUAAACUUUUCACAUUUCAAGCUUCUGCUCAAGUUCCACCAUUGGGAUUCAGCUCUAACUUACCUGAAAUGAUCCUGAGAUGGUCCUGACCAAGUGUUGUUAUUUUUCGAGUCGGUCCGAAAUCCAAGGUGGCGUCCAUGG